UGCAGUCUCAGAUGAAGGUGAGCUGAUCGAUGGCCGCUCUGAACCCGUCCGGUGUCAUACCUGCGUUUAUACACCAGUUUCUAAGGUCUGUGCUGUACCGGGACUUUUACUGCAGAGGAGAAGAGAAAAGGCAGCGGAGACAGGGAAGAGCUUUUAAAGUAAGGACGCGCGUUAGUAACAGCUUUAAUGGAGAACGGAAGGAGACACUUAAAACACAUCUUUAUCUGUGUCCUGGGAGCAGUUACAAUCUUCUUCAUCUAUCUCAACUGUGACUGGGAGUUGGUAAGCAGGGAUUUUCCAGCAGCAGUGUCAUCAUCAUCAUCAUCAUCAUCAACAUCAUUAUCAGCGGCAGCAGAGCCACGAUGGGAGGAUCCUGGGCCAUAUCAUGUGGCCUAUCCACGAAACUACAAAUUCAUCAUGGAUGACACACUAACGUGUAAGAAUACAACUCAUUUCUUGGUCCUGAUGGUUCCAGUUGCACCCAAUGACAUAGCAGCUAGGGACACCAUUCGGAAGACAUGGGGGAAUGAGAAACUGGUCCUGGGUCAGCUGGUCGAGACCCUCUUCAUCCUGGGCCUGCCUGGGGGAGCUGAUGCUAAGCAGCAGCAGGAGAAGCUCAAACAGGAGAACCUGCAGCAUCAUGACCUGAUCCAGAGUAACUUCCAGGACAGCUACCGCAAUCUGACCAUCAAGACUAUGAUGAUGCUGGAGUGGCUGGCUGCGCACUGUGUCAAGGCAUCCUAUGUCAUGAAGAUUGACUCUGAUAUGUUACUGCAUGUCCCGAAUUUGGUUAAACUGUUGUUGAGUCCCAGCACAGCCAAAGAAAACUACAUGACAGGUUUGGUGUGGUGGCACAGCCCGGUUUUAAGAAAUCCGUUCAACAAGUUCUACAUGCCGAGAGGAGUGAUUGCUGAGUCGGAGUACCCCCCAUAUCCUCUGGGCAUGGCCUACAUCAUGUCCCUGGACCUGCCUGCCAAGAUCCUGUCAGUCUCUCCUCAGAUUAAACCUAUCUACAUUGAAGAUGCCUACCUGGGUAUGUGUCUGAAACGCCUGGGCAUUUCCCCCACCGACCCUCCUGAAAAUACAAUGUUCAUUGUCGACCCCAGGCAUCCUCUGAGCAGCUGCAGCCUUUCAAAAGUGAUUGCUGUGACAACGACAAGCAUCCCACAGAUGAUGAGUUACUGGGAGAGGAGCAGACAGCCAGAAGCUAAAUGCUGAACUUUAUAAAGUUUACCAAGACUGAAUUUCUGAAUUUAGAUUUUUUUUUUUUUUACUAAACCUGACAAAUAUUUAACAUUAAUUAAAAUGAAGCAUAUGUAUUUUCUUUGCAAAGAUCAUGGAAUACAUUGCCUCUUGGUUGGACUUUUUUUUUGUAUGAAGGACAAAACAGAUGUAAGAGUUUGAACCCAAAACUUUGUUUUUAUCAAAUGUCCUUUUCAGUCAGAUGAGCCUCAAAGACUUUCUGAGCUGCAUCAGCUCUCAUACACAGAUAAGAACAUCUGCUGGAUCCUAAAUUAUAAUAGUAAACAUAAAGACUGAUUCCAUACAUCAUCACAUUGUCAAUUUUUAAGUUCAACAUUUUUUACGUUAUUUUGCUAGCCAGUUUGAAAUAAGUGUUAAACUCACAACCAUUGAGUAAGGUAGCUUUCUUUCAGCAGGUUGAACUCAGACUGCAUAAAAUAAUGGAUGUAGUCAACAGGACUAGAUACUAGUGUACUCCUGUUUUGAAGCCUCGACUUUGGCAUUUUUGCUGUCCCCAUCUUGGUUCUUUGGAGCCGUAAGUGAUCUUAUUUGGAGGAGAGGGUGAAGCUAAUCCUAACAGAGCUGCUAACUUGGUUAAUACGGUGCAUUAGCAGCUGCGGUUAACUGUGAUAAUGCAAAUGCCGAAAUGCCGAACUCGAGACUUCAAAAUGGCAGUCCUAAAACCAAUGGGUGACAUCAUCAUUUUCUCCAUUAAUAAUUCAAAACUAGGUUACAGAUAGUCUCUACAUUCAGUGAAUGUAGAGUCUGCUCUUCUUCCCUCUUCUCCUCUUUUUCCUGGAGAUCUUGCCUCCGGAAGAAGAGCGGAGGAGCCCUGGUUUCCGGUUGUAGGCUGUUUGUAGUCCGCGUGAUAUUGACCAAUCACAUUUGAGCCGGCUGCAGUUGUUGCCAGGUUAAACGGUCCGUGCGGUGAACUAACGAGGUGGAACAUAAUUGGCGUCUCUGGCGACUCUGAAACCAUCGCAAUGGUUUAGCAUAUUUACUUGUAAACGGAAGUCGGAAACAGAAAAGCGCCUCCUCCACCCAAUUCAAACCGGAAUGCCAAAAAAUCGGGGGUCUGCCCCCAAAGUCUGCCGGAAGUCAGACGCCGAAUACAUCCGAUGGGUUCCGAGAAUGGGUUACAGACUGUUCACAGACCCAGGGCCAAGUUCACCAUGUGGUGUUUGGGGUAAUUUGAUAUAUAGCAAACACUGUUAAUGAUAAUUGUGGCUGUUUUAGUGUGUGUGUGUAGGUGAUGAUUACUUUGACUAAACUUUCUUGCUGUGGUGUAUAUAUAUAUGUUCUGUUCACACAUUUCUCUUGUAAGUGACCUUAAUCUCAAAAAGACUACCAAAGUAAAGCUCAGCUGCUUAAUGUUAAAGAACAAUACUUUUAUGUUCAGACUUUUAUAAAAAAAAUAAAGGGAGUGUGUCUCAGUGGCCAUGAAAGUCUCAAGUAAAUGCUAAUCCUGUGAUGUAGUGCCCCUAUAGUGAUGUUUCUAUCUGGAAAAUGAUUUUUAGGUUUCAACAAGGAGACAGGAUUUGUACUAAAGUUGUUCAGUAAACAAGUUUCAUGUAAGCCGAUUUUGAUAUGCCAAAUUCUGUACUCUUGGGACAGAAUACAACAAAAUAUACUGUCACAUACUAUCAUACUGUUAUACUACAGUGACAUGUUACCACUCAUGUCAUUGCAGAGUUUAAGUUGUAAUAUGAUCUGUUAUGUGUCAUGUAUAGGAAAUGUAAUGUUACAGUAUGAAGGAGUUGUCCAAGAUUGUAAAAAGGUGAUUUUAAUCUGUAAAAUCAAACUUGUUUCGUACUUCAGGAGAUCAUUUCUCCUGUAUCCACAUUACUCAGCUGUUCUCAGGGAAAGUCGUCAUCUUUGUGAAGGAGUUUCCUUCUAAAAGUAUAUAUCCAUCAUUUCAACAAUGUUAAAUGUUCAAGAUUUAGAUCUUCUGUGAAUACUGUGACGAUUCAUAGCGGCACGUAACACAUUUACUGUACUCUAUCUGCUGCAUGAAUGAGAUUGUUUACGUUUUUACUCGUCAGAAAAAGCUCCUCUCAGGACUAUUCUUUCAUGGGAGCAAGAACUGUAUCACCAAUCUGUCGUGCACUUUCAAAAAAAUCCAACACUAUCUCCUAACAUAUAUAUAUAUAUAUAUAUAUAUAUAUAUAUAUAUAUUGUGGUGACGGUGAUGACUUACCCAUAACUGUACGUCAAUGAGUUUAGCCAGAUACCAGUGAAACUAGUCAAACAACCCCUCGAGUCUAUACUGUAGUGCUGCCUUUAGUGGAGCAAUGAUAGAACGAGAGGCCUGCGUCCAUCUCUGUGCUGUCAUUUAUAGACUGAAUAGGAAGAGAAUAUUUGUGCUGUCAGUCAGGACAUUUACACAUCGACUAGCCCAUUUAAUUGGACUACUGUAUUCAAACACAGGAGGGCAAUUGAUUUAUUGAGUGAAGUAUGUCCGAUUCUGCUACAAUAGGUGUUGAUAUGCUCCCUUUCGGCUUGUUAGUAUUGGACCUUUGUCUGUUUGACCGAUUAUGUCACAGACCAAACAAUCGAGUGUAGUCCAAGUGUUUUGCCACUUUUUUGAACAGGUCGCCAUUCUGCGUUACCUCCCAUCCAUGGAUUUUAAAAUAUUUAACUCUUUCAGCUGACACAGCAUAAAUGGUAUCUUCGUCCGUCCAAAAGUUCACUGCUCUGGAUGUAGCUUUCACCAUGUUGCUUCAAGCUUCUUCUGUUACGCAUUUGAUGCUAUUCGACUUCCGAGGCGGCACAGGUGGUUAGCACUGUCACCUCACAGCAAGAGGGUUCCUGGUUCAAUCCCAGGAGGGAGCCCUUCUGUGCGGAGUUUGCAUGUUCUACCUGUGUCAGUGUGGGUUUUCUCCGGGUACUCCAGUUUCCUCCCACAGUCCAAAGACAUGCAGACUGGGGAUUAGGCUAACUGGGGACUCUAGAUUGCUUGUAGGUGUGAAUGUGAGUGUGAAUGGUUGUCUGUCUCUAUGUGUCAGCCCUGUGAUAGUCCAGGAUAAACCCUGCCUCUCGCCUAAUGUCAGCUGGGAUAACUCCAGCCCCCCCGCGACCCCUAACAGGAUAAGCAGUCAUGAAAAUGGAUGGAUGGAUGGACUUCCGGGUCAAAGCCUGGGGUGGAAACCGUGGAGCAUGUGCAGAGCAUCUAGGCCAGUUUGGGUCUGACUGACUAUAUACAAUUACAAGUAAUUCGACUCCCAAUCGUAUUAUCUGGGUUUCUUAGUCUGACUUUGAGGAAUUCGUUUAGUAUUGUAUUGGACCAAGUAUUUGAACAUUUGAAAUGAUACUGAUUAGCAUAACACUGAUAUUGAGGGACACUUUUUGCAGCCUUUAUAAUUGUACUUUUUUGCUGUUCUCUCAGAAUUAGAGUUGCUGAGAAAAGUUGUGCUAUCAUGUGCUAAUGUGACUCUCUUCUGUGUAGUCUUAAUGGAGAGCAGGAGGAGACACUUUAUCUGCAUCCUUGGAGCAGUGACAGUCUUCUUCACCUGGAAGUUGGCGAGCAGGGACAUUCAUUUAUCAUCAGCAGCAGAGCCACGAUGGGAGGAUCAUGGGCCAUAUCAUGUGGCCUAUCCACGAAACUACAAAUUCAUCAUGGAUGACACGCUGACAAGCAAGAACACGACUCCCUUCUUGGUCCUGUAUGGAGCUACAUUAGGGUCAAAUGUUUUGUACUUGAAAAAAUAAAAUUUG